UUGUGUGCUUGUGGUUCAGCUGAAAUCGCGUUUCUUCGAGAAAAGUGUCCAAAUGUGCAGAAAAGUGCUCUUUCUUGUAUUUGCCACGGCAUUUCUGUCGCUGGCAAUUGCUUACGAUUUCUCAGAUCCAAUUUAUAAUUCUGUACUUUCAUCUGAGAUCCUCGAGGCACUCGAAGAUGAAGAGAUUGAUGUCAAUGUGCCGGUGAAUUAUCGCGCACGUCGAGAUGUGGCUCCACCAGAGGAAGACAAGAGGUGCAAGACAAGGAAAUCCGGAUGGAUGUGUUGCCGGGACCAGAUUGAAAAGACUGAGACACACGACAAAUUGAAGGAGAUGAAGAAGGAAUGCUAUCAGGAAAUUCGUGCCAAUCACGAUGAUGCUGAGCCCUUUGAUAUGUUCUCUUGCGAACGCCUCAAGAGGAUUAAGCAAGACACCGAAUGUGCUAAGGAAUGCAUUGCUAAAAAGCUCGAAUUCCUCGACGAGAAUGGUGCCUUUAGAGAGGAUUUCGUCAAAGAUUUCUUCCGCAACAAUUACACUGAGGCUGAAUGGGCCAGAGAAAAAUCUGACAGUGUUGUGACAAAGUGUUUAGCUGAAGCUAACAAGGAAAAAUCUAGUGAAGAUAGGAAAUGCAGCUCUAGGCCCAUUAAAUUCUACUACUGCAUGUGGAAAGAGUUCUCAACACUAUGCCCACAGGAUAAAAAGAGAGACUCAAGGAUGUGUAACCGCCUAUACAAGGGUGAAUUUUUCUUGCCCAAAAAUCCCGAUGAAGCUGAUGAUAUGAACUGAAAAUAUCACAUUUAUCCCACGAAUUUACACCAUUAUAUAAUUAAAGUUUUAUUUAUAUGAACAAAAUAAAAAUGACUGAAGUGAUUGAAUAUAAAAAA